CCUACAACAAAAACAAUUGCCCAAAUCCAGAAUCCGAAGUCAGAACUAUCAAAUCGCAGCUUCGAUAAUGGCGGGAAGCAGCGGCGGGAACCCUAACACAGCCCCUAAGAUACUGCUAGCAAAGCCCGGCCUUGUCGCCGCCGGAAAAUUCAAUCGAGGCGGCGGAGGCGCCGCUGACGAGGACGCCGCGGCGCUCCGCUCUCGCCUCCCCUCCGUUGGGUCUCUGAAUCUCCUCUCAGAUUCCUGGGAUUUUCAGAUUGAUCGAUUUUUACCGUUUUUGACGGACAACACUGAGUUUACCGUGGUGGGUGUGAUUGGGCCACCGGGUGUGGGGAAAUCAACCAUUUUGAAUGAAAUUUAUGGCUUUGAUUCUUCCUCGCCAGGUAUGCUGCCUCCUUUUGGCAUGGAAUCAGAGGAAACAAGGGUGAUGGCUAGGCAUUCGACAGUAGGAAUCGAGCCCAGGGUCUCCUCCGAAAGGAUCAUACUUCUCGAUACACAGCCUGUAUUUAGUCCCUCGGUUUUAGCAGAGAUGAUUAGGCCCGAUGGGUCAUCAACAAUCUCAGUAAUAACUGGUGAAUCAUUAUCUGCAGAGCUAGCUCAUGAGAUGAUGAGCAUACAGCUUGGCGUUCUGCUUGCAUCUGUUUGUCAUAUUAUCAUCGUGGUAUCCGAGGGAGUUCACGAUGCCAGCAUGUGGCGCUUGAUGAUGACGGUGAAUCUAUUAAAACACGGCAUACCCGAUCCGUCUUCCACGACACUGUCUCAUCCACAGAGCUCCGACAAAGAAGCUGCUAACAAGCCUCUGAUGGAGAGCGGAGACGAGUACAUGGCUGCUCCCAUUUUUGUGCACACGAGGGUCCGCGACCAUGACAACACUCCACAGAACUCUCAGGCGCUGCGGAAAGCCCUCGCACACUGCUUUGGCACGUCCCCGUCUGUGAGUGAAGGCCAAGAUGCCGCGAGAGGUGCUCAGGACAAGAAACUGUUUCUUGUCCCGGCCAAGGGUAAAGAUGGCUCGUCUAGGCCGCUCUACGAAAGCUAUGCAUCUGCCCUUUGGAAAGUGAGGGAUCAGGUGUUGUCGAUGACCACGCAGUCGUUUUCACGGACGGUUUCGGAGCGUGAGUGGCUGAAGAACUCCGGCAAGGUAUGGGAGCUGAUCAAGAAUUCUCCAACUAUUGCAGAUUAUUGCGCUACGCUUCAAACAUCUGGUUUAUAUAGGAAAUAGCUCUCUCGGUCGUAUUAAAUCAAACAUUAGUCACGACUUUUCAUAUUUACUUUUCUCCAUAUUUUUUAUACUAAAGUGAAGUUUGAUACAUUGGAUUAUUUCUGUAUAAUAGCGAUAUUAUGAGCCAUUUUUCAUACAAAAUUCGGGUUAUUUAGUUGUAA